AUGUAUGCACCUUUUGUAACAUGUACAACAAAUGAUAAUAUAAUAUUAAAAAGAAAUUAUGAGGAAAUAAAAAAUUUAAAGGCACAAGAAUUGCGUAAAUUAAGCGAAAACUGUUGUAUAAAAAAAAUAAGUGAUGUAAUUAUAUGGAGUGAAAUAUGUAGAAAUGCAAUUAAAAAAAGUGAUGAAUUUAAACAUUUUGACGCAUUAUUAUUGUUAUCAUGUUUUGAUAAGAUGAAUUUAUUAGACAAAAGUUUAUAUACACAUUUUUCAGAUAUAUUCAUAAAACAUAUAAAUAACUUUGAACCUAGACAUUUAAUAUUAUUAAUAAAUUUAUAUUGUAAAGUUAAUAUAUUUCCACGUAUUUUAUUUAUAGAAGUUUUUCACGCGAUCAUACGUUAUUCACCUAAAUUAUAUCCAAAUGAAUAUGUUGAUAUUUUUGAGUGUUUUGCAAAAUAUGAAAUAGCUAAUAAAGACUUGAUAAGUACAUUGUGUAAGUCUAUAAUAAAAAAUAUCAAUCUUUUUGGUUACACAGAUUUAUGCUCUAUUGUUGGGUCAUUAAGAUCUCUAAAAAUAAAUGAUGAUGUAUUUUUUUAUUGUAUUGACGAAAAACAAUUAAAAGAAUUAAAAAUGUCAACUUGCCAAGAAUUAUUUGAUUAUAUAAAUAAAAUAAAAUUAUUAAAAUAUAGUUGGGAAUUAUACGAAAAAGAUUUAAUAAAAGAAUUUUUAAAUAGAAUAAAUGAUUUUAAAAAUGGAAGUGAUAUAAAUCAAUUACAUGAUCCAUUUAUUUGUUUAAAUUAUUUAAUUUCAAAAAAUAUAAUUUCUAAUAACUUUUUAUUAACUUUAAGUAUGUGGUGUGCUAACCAAGUUUAUCAAUAUCCAUCAAGAUCGGCUAAGAGACCUUUAUCUUAUCAACUUAUAAAAUUAUAUCAGAUUAUGAAAGAACAUAAUGUAGAAAAUUUUGAUUUUAUAGAAAAAGCAAUUCAUAAAUUUGUUAUUAGUAGAGGAGGUCUUGCUACUAAUCGUGAAAAAAUAAUUAAGCCAGUUUCUUAUCAAAAAGGAAGGAAAUAUAUAUUUACUCCUGACCCAUUAAAUGCGGAUUCUGAGGAUACAAACAAAUAUAUAAACUCAUCUAAUGAAACAGAAAACAACUCAAAUGAAAAUGAACAAUUAGCAUAUUCUAAUAUGUACCAAAGAAAUGAUAACGAUUUUGAUUCUAUGGAAGCAGAUUCAUACAACGAAAAUGUAAAUGAACAUAUCAAAUAUAAUUCUAAUAUACUAACACAAAAACAGAGAUUGAUUAAUCUAAGUUUGGAGAAAAAAACUGAAAAUAAAAAAGAAACAUAUUCUAAUUCUCGGCAUUGUAAUUUUAAAUUACGCCAAAGACCUAAAAGAAUAAAAAAUCAACCCAUAUCGGAUCAAACAUAA